CUGACAUUUGAAAGAGGUGGUAAAAAAUGAACUCUAAAUUGAUCGUCAUUGCCAUGCUUUUCGUGGCCUUUUGGAACUUAACAAUUGCCUACAAUAAAGAGAAGUGCGAUGCACCGCCUAGCGAAUCAGGGUAUUGCAUGGCUGAUCUUCCCAGGUGGGUCUACAAGAAUAAAAAAUGUCAGCCAUUCCCUUACGGUGGAUGUGGGGGCACCCCUAAUUUAUUUUUGUUUAAAUAUCAAUGUGAAGUAGCUUGCGAUGUGCCGAAAACAGAAAAUCACCCUUAUAUGGGAAAACCUUGUACAAAAUGCGGUUGAAAUCAGAGAGUAAACACAAAAG